CGUUCUUCACUGACGUUUGUGGCAACUCCGCAAACAAAAAUACGGGAUUCGUCGCAUCUGUAAACAACAAGGGAGAAUUGUUCCGUAAAAAUCACAUAAUUGAGACGAACGUUCCGGAACAAGGGUGCCAGGGAUGGACGUGAAAUCAUCAAAUUUCAUUUCAUCGGGCGUAGCAGAGCUGGAGAUGUGCCGCAUCUGUGUGACCGAAUCGGUCGGCCAGUGCGGCAUGGACGAUGUGGUGGACGCGGAACGCUGUUUGAGCCUUACCAUGAUGCUGACGACCAUGUUUCCGACCACAUUCGGGCAGGAAACGAAGCCCGUCGAGGGUAUGGACUGGCCGACGAAAGCUUGCCUUGCCUGCAAGGAAAAGGUGCUGGUAGCGUAUGAGCUGUACGCGCAGCUGGUGGACAGCGAAGAGUGGCUGCAGCGGUACGCCGAGGAACGAAUGACCGUUGAAGUGGAAACGGUGAAAUCGGAGCAGGAUUGCAGUACCGGCGGACAGUACGACGUUUUGAUUGAGUACACGUUUGAAGAUGGUAAUGCCAUCUACACAGAGGAGGCAGAGCAUCUGAUGGAUGAAACGGGCGAUGAUGCACAUUCCGAGCAGGAACCCAUCGCUGCCGAGGAGGAAGAAACAGCGCACGAGGCAAGUGUUACCCGCAGGUCGACGAGAAAGCGAAACAUUGUGCAGGUGGAUGUACCCGCGAAAAGGCGGACCAGAAAUAAGAUUAAACAGGAGCCGGUGGAAGAGGAGUAUGAGACUGGUCUGGAACAAAGUGGUUCGGCGCAGGACAGCGAUUCGAGACGCAAGUCAGAUGCAGAAGAAGAAAGCACAGUCUUCGAGAAGCAGCCAAAAAAGAGGGGCAGAAAACCUUCUGCUAAAGCUAGAUCGGCAAAUACGCAAAGUGAGCACAACGAGGAGGAAGUGCGGGAAAAGCAGAAACGGGCGAAAAUCAAAGCAUCAGAAGCGGCAGACGACUCGUCGGAUCAGGUCGAAGAACUGCAGUCCAAGGUGGAUGUGUACCAGUGCCAGCUGUGCGAUGGACAUGUGUACGGAUCGCCGAUGCAGCUUACCGCUCACCUCAAGGCGGAACAUCCGGAUCAGAUACGCACGUGCGACAAGUGUCCGAAGGUGUUUAUGAGUGAGCCAGCCUACCAGCAUCACCAGUACUGCCACGCUACCCUGCGCUCCUUCUUCUGCAUGUUCUGCGACAAAGGUUUUCAGACCGAAAAUCUGCUCAAAAGCCACACCCGCUCGCACACACACGUGGCCGAGUUUUUGUGCUCGCUGUGUGGGAAAAAGUUUAACAGUAAGAGCAACCUUCGACAGCAUCUGGUGCGCCACACGGGCGUUAAAGCUUGGGCCUGCACCCAGUGCCCCAGUCGGUUCUGUACCAAAGGUGCACUAAACUUACAUCAGCGAACUCAUUCGACACUAAGACCGUUCAGUUGCGAUACCUGUGGGUCUCAGUUCCACACGAGAUACUCUCUGAUCAAGCAUCAGCUAAUCCAUACAGGCGAGCGACCCUAUGGCUGCGAUCUUUGUCCAAUGAGAUUCGUCUCAACCUACCAUGUGAAACGGCACAUGCUGACGCACACCGGUGAAAAACCUUUCAAAUGCACGUAUUGCGAUCGCGGCUUUGCACAAAGCAACGAUAUGGUGAAGCACAUGAAAACGCACCUGGGCGAGAAUCCGUACCAGUGCGAUCGUUGCGAAGCGUCCUUCCGGCUACUCACGGAGCUACGAAAUCACUACAAGGAAACGUGCCAGCCGGUCGAUAAGGGAACCAUCUCAUCGCCCGAAGUGGACAAGGGCAUUCGGUUCACUAGUACAAACAUUUUGAAGAUGCGAUACGAAAAGGAAAUGGCACAGUACAGUGAACGAUACGAGGGGGAUUGCGGAAAUCGCAAAGUGAUGGCCGAAGCAACUGAAUUCCCUGCCGUUCAAUCAACGAUGAACGAUGAGUUGGGUUGGCCGACAGCGGAACUCCUCACUUGUUGCCGCAUCUGCGUGCUACAGAUGGAAGAGUACUGUCCAAUGCACGAACCAAUCGAUGGGCAUGGUUCGAAGAGCUUGCAGAUCGUGCUGGAGAAGCUGUUCCCAGCGGUGUUUAAUGAAGCACAGCUACAGUACGAUUACAGUAUGAACUGGCCUACGGCAGUCUGUCGAGACUGCAAGCGGAAGGUUCAGGAUGCGUACGAGCUGUACGAGACAUGUCUUGACAGUGGUGAUAGGUUGCAAAAGAAGGGCAUACCCAAAGACAAGGCUCACGAAGACGUUCCAGUCCUUGAUACGGAGGAUGCUAUUAUAGAUGUACCGACGGAAGAAUUCUUGGAAUGUGAUCUGGUACAAGAACCAGCCAUGGAGCCACUAGAACCCUUCACCGUACCCCAGCGUACAGUGAAAACUCGUAAAAACAAGGUAAAGGAUCCAGUCACAACCAGCACAAAAGCGUCGGUGACCGUCAAAAAGGAACGGGAAGAUCUGACCGACGAAGAUGAGACAGAAUUUCCCGAAGUAAUAAACACGGAACCGGACUGGGAGCCACCCGCACCCAAGGCGAAAAAGGCAAGAGCCACUAAGAAGAAGGUAGAGAAAGCUACGGGCGAACGUAAAAAGUUAGAAAACAAGGUAACCGUUAGGCAAAAACGAGGAAAGGGACAGGAAGAGCCACUGCAAUCUAAAAUAGAAAUAUAUCUCUGUCAACUGUGCGAUGGGCCGACGUACGAUUCGCUCAACGAGUUGACCGAUCAUUUGAAAGCGGAACACCCAUCGCAGAUACGAUCCUGUGACAAAUGUCCCAAGGUGUUUGUCAGUGAGCAAAGCUUCCAGCAUCAUCAGUAUUGCCACGCCACGGGCCGUUCGUUCUUCUGCACGUUUUGUGAUAAGGGCUUCCAGACGGAAAUUCUGCUGGAGUGUCACCAGCGAUCGCAUACGCGUGACACGAAGUGCCUGUGCUCGAUCUGCGGCAAAAGCUUUGCGAAUGUGAGCAGUCUUCACAUACAUAUGCAGCUCCACGACGAUAGUAAAUCGUUUCCGUGCAGCUUAUGUCCCUGUCGGUUCAACACGAAAGUCAAUCUUAACGUUCAUAUGCGUACGCAUACGAAAAACAAGACGUAUACCUGCCCGACCUGUGGUUCACAGUUCAACAAGCACUAUUCAAUGGUUAAACAUCAGAUCAUUCACACAGGGGAGCGUCCAUUUGUCUGUGAGGUUUGUCCCAUGAGGUUCGUUUCACCGUACCAUGUAAAACGGCACAUGCUGACACACACCGGUGAAAAGCCUUACAAAUGCACCUACUGCGAGCGCGGCUUUGCACAAAGCAACGUUCUGGUGAAGCACAUGAAAACGCACAUCGGUGAUCAUCCGUACCAGUGUGACCGGUGCGAUGCAUCGUUCCGGCUGCUGAAGGACCUGCGUAACCACUACAAAGAACACUACAUCGAAAGCGAGAACGGAAUCGGACCUUCGCCGGUGGUGGACGACCAGGAUAUUCGGUUUACCAGCACCGAAAUACUGAGGCUACGGUACCAAAAGGAGAUGAGUCAGAUGCAUCAAAAGGGUACCGGAAGCGAUGAAAAUUAUAGUUAUGAAACUCCAAUAUCGACGUACGAUACAAUUACCAAAAACGAAUCAAAUACCGAUGGCGAUAGUAAUUUAGGGAACGUGGGAAGUAUUUGCUCUUCCGAAAUGGAGAUAGUAAAGACUGAAGAUUCGGGAAUGCAGUCGUACUGCUGCCGUAUUUGUGUCACGAUGUGCGGUGCACAGUAUCGCAUACAGGACCGGACCACCGACCACGAAAAAUCGUUAAGUGUACAGUUAAUGUUGGAAAAGCUAUUUCCAGCUGUAUUUAACCCGGAACAGGUGGAGCGAGAUCGCAAAAUGCAGUGGCCAUCGACUAUCUGCCCCGACUGUAGGAGUAAUGUGUUGAGUGCGUACGCGCUGUACGAGCGGUGCGAGAAAAGCGUCGAUUUGUUGCACCGGCAACAGUUCACAGCGAUCGGUGAUGAUGUACCAAGAGGAACUGCAAUGGAUGAACAAUACAUCCCCGAAAAGCUAGCAGUGGCAGAACGGCAGGAAUCUGAUCCAAAUUCGCUUGAAGUGGAAUCUCCCUUGGAACUGACUGUGGUUGAAACUGUGUCGAAGCUUCCGCGCACUGUACGAUCAUCCAAACGUACCUCCCUAAACAAGUGCCAAAAUAUAGUAUCUCCGAGAACGAAAAGAAAACAGACCAAAAGAACUGUGAAGCAGUUUAUAGCAGCGAUCGACGAAAAGCAGCGCCCACACUGCGAUGGUGGAAAUCCAUCGGGUGAAAAGUGCGCGACCAACUGCUCCGCUGCUAACGAACCCUUACAGUCUUCCUCAUCGACGGUUAUAAAUUGUAAGGGGGAAAGAGAUAUACCUUUACGGGAAAGCAUUGAUGUCUCAGAAGAAUUGCAAGCAGAUGCGAAUGAACUGGAAACCAAAAUAGAUCUGUACCAGUGCGUGCUAUGCAAUGCGCCCACGUAUUCCUCACCAAAAGCGUUCACCGAGCAUUUGAAGGAAAAUCAUCCGGAUCAGAUACGUACUUGCGAGCAUUGUCCGAAGGUGUUUGUAACCCAAACGGCCUUUGAGCAACAUCUAUACUGCCAUGCAACCGGUCGAUCGUUCUUCUGCACCUUUUGCGACAAGGGAUUUCAAACCGAACAGCUGCUUAAGAAUCACAUACGAACCCACACGCACAGAUCGAACUAUUUGUGUUUCCACUGUGGCAAAGAGUUUAACAACAACAGCAAUCUUCGCCAGCACAUCAUCGGACAUUCUGGCCACAAGCCGUGGGCGUGCAAUCUGUGUCCCUGUCGUUUUAGCACAAAGGGAGGGUUAACGACACAUCAAAAUACGCACACGAAGGAGAAAGCGUUCAGCUGUGAUACCUGUGGAUCACAGUUUAAUAAGCAUUACUCGCUCAUAAAGCACAAAUUGAUACAUACGGGCGAACGUCCGUUUGGGUGUGAAGUCUGUGGUAUGAGGUUCGCUACGAGCUACAUGGUCAAGCGUCACAUGCGUACCCAUACGGGUGAGAAACCGUUUAAAUGCACCUAUUGUGAUCGAAGUUUUGCACAGAGCAACGAUAUGGUGAAGCACAUGAAAAUACACGUCGGUAGCAAUCCGUACCAGUGCGAUCGCUGCGAUGCAACCUUUAGGCUGCUUUCGGAUCUACGAAAUCACUACAAAGAACAUUAUCAAACGGGCGAACUUGGUGUUGGUGGUGCAGCGGACCAAGAUAAAGGAUUGCGCUUUACCAGCAUCGACAUUCUGCAGUUAAGGCUAAAGAAGCAGAGGAUACCACCGGAAGGCAAGGAAUGCUAUCUUAACCGCACAACGAUGGACGAUGAGGUGGUUUGGAAUACAAUGGAAUCACUCACCUGUUGCCGUAUCUGCGUGAUAGAAAUGGAAGAAUACUACCCUCUGCACGAAUCGCUCGAUGGAGAUGGUUCCAAGAGCUUGCAGAUCGUGCUGGAGAAGCUAUUCCCGUCGAUGUUUAAUGAAGCACAGCUACAGCACGAUUACAGUGCGAACUGGCCUACGGCAAUCUGUUUAGAAUGCAAGCAAAAAGUGCAGGAUGCGUACGAGCUGUACGAAACAUGCCUCGACAGUGGCGCUAGGCUGCAAAAGAAGGGAUUUACCAAAGAAAAGAUUGACGAAGACGUCCCAGUCCUCGUUACGGAGGAUGCUGUUAUUGACGUACCGACGGAGGAGUUCUUUGAAUGUGAUGUUGUACAAGAAAUUACCAUGGAACCACUAGAACCCUUCACCGCACCCCAAAGUUCAGUGAAACAACGCAAAAGUGAGGUGAACGAAAUAACGACCGCCACGAAAUCAUCAUCGAAACGCACAAACAUAAAAAAAGAAACGUUUGAACAGCAAGUGGAAGAGCUGGUCGUCGAAAAUGAGACGGAAUAUCUUGAAGACAAGAACACAGAACCGGACUGGGAGCCAACCGUGUCGAGAGGCAGAAAGGCUAAUACCACCAAAGCAAAGGCAGCAAAAGUUACCCGUGAACGGAAAAAGGUGGAUAAGGAAGUGUUAAUGAAAAAGGAAGAUAAGGAAGAGGCUGAACCACUGGAAUCCAAAACUGAAGUAUAUCGCUGUCAACUGUGCGAUGGACCGACGUACGAUUCGCCCAACGAGUUGACCGAGCAUCUUAAAGCGGAACACCCAUCGCAGUUACGAUCCUGUGACAAAUGUCCGAAGGUGUUCGUCAGUGAGCAAAGCUUCCAGCAUCAUCAGUAUUGCCACGCUACGGGCCGUUCGUUCUUCUGCACGUUUUGUGAUAAGGGCUUCCAGACGGAAAUUCUGCUAAAGAAUCACAUUCGCUCUCAUACGAGGGAUCCGAAAUUUCUAUGCUCAAUCUGUGGGAAGGGUUUCACAACCAAGAGCAAUCUUCAGAAACAUGUGACAUUUCACACCGAUAGUAAAUCAUGGCCCUGCCGUCUAUGUCCCUGCCGGUUUAACACGAAAGCUUGCCUAAAUGUUCACAUGCGCACCCACACGAAAACUAAAGUUUAUACCUGCCCGACCUGUGGAUCGCAGUUCAACAAGCACUAUUCGAUGGUCAAGCAUCAGAUCAUUCACACAGGUGAGCGUCCAUUUGUAUGCGACCUUUGUCCCAUGAGGUUUGUUUCCCCCUAUCACGUAAAGCGCCACAUGUUAACACACACCGGUGAAAAGCCUUACAAAUGCACCUACUGCGAGCGCGGCUUUGCACAAAGCAACGUUCUGGUGAAGCACAUGAAAACGCACAUCGGUGAUCAUCCGUACCAGUGUGACCGGUGCGAUGCAUCGUUCCGGCUGCUGAAGGACCUGCGAAACCACUACAAAGAACACUAUGUCGAAAGUGAAAAUGGGAUCGGUCCUUCGCCGGUGGUGGACGAUCAGGACAUUCGGUUUACCAGCAUCCAAAUACUGAAGCUACGAUACCAAAAGGAGAUGAACCAGUACGGCCAGAAGGCUGAGGAGAAAUCUCGCAUAGCGCUUAAAAAUUUAGCUGCAAUGGAGGAGGAAUUUGUAACCAUUCAUCUAAAAUCAACGUUUUGCCGUGUUUGCGCUGUGGCAUGCACCGAACAGUACUCCAUCUAUGAAACAGUAUACCGGAACGCAACGUUAAGCAUGCACAUGAUGAUGGAAAAGCUUGUUCCCUCGGUGUUCAAUGCGGAGCAAGUGAAGAUGGAUGAGUUUAUGUGCUGGCCAAGAAACAUUUGUGUAGACUGCAAAAACAAAAUACUGGAUGCGUAUGUUUUGUACGAGCAGUGUAUGAAGAGUGGCGAUCUGCUGCGAGAGUGCAUGUCCCGAAAGACGGACUCAUUCACCAUUGAGAAUGUGUACGACGAGGUGAAGGAAAGUUACGCACUGGAAUCGCUGGAGCUGGAGUCCAACUAUGCCGAUGAUGAAGCGAACCAAUCGUUAACGGUGGACGAGAAGCCGACGCGUAAACGAUCUGCUCGAAAAACUAAUUUUAAACAAACCCGAAAGAAAGAUACUUCAUCCAGCCGGAUCGUAUCGACGCCCGAGCGUAACGUCACACCAACCGAUGAUUGCGAGCAUAACACGGAGGAUGAUGAAAAAGAACAGACCAGCACCAGAACGCCGGCCAUAAAAAUCACACGCAGCUCAUCUGCACGUGAAAAAACUGUAGUCUCCAAGCGUAAGUCCACUGGUGGCAAGGAAAAAACGCCAAGGGCUAAAACAAGAAUGACGCGUAAGGUACAGCAGCAGACUCAGGAAGAAAGUACCGAUACGCAAGAACCGCAAACGAAGAAAAACCUGUACAGCUGUCUGCUUUGCAAAGAGGAUACGACAUACACCUCACCGAAGCAGCUUACCGAGCAUCUGUAUAAGGAGCACAGCGAGGUGAUUUUCUGCUGUCAACUGUGUCCGAAGGUGUUUAUGAAAAAGGAGGCCUUCGAGCAUCAUCAGUACUGCCACGCGACCGGCCGAUCCCAUUUCUGUCUGUUUUGUGACAAGGGUUUUCAAACGGAGCAACUGCUCAAGAAUCACAUCAGGACUCAUACGCACGGGACAGGCUUUCUGUGUUCGCACUGUGGUCAGGAGUUUAGCAACCGCAGCAAUCUUCGGCAACACCUGAUAAGGCAUACCGGGGAUAAACCGUGGCAGUGUAGCCUAUGUCCGAGCCGUUUCAGCAUGAAAAGCUAUCUGGACAGACAUCAGCAUACCCACACGAAAGCCAAAUUCUUCAGCUGCGACACGUGUGGAUCGCAAUUUAGCAGACAUUAUUCAUUGGUAAAACAUCAGCUCAUCCAUACGGGUGAUCGCCACUUUACCUGUGAAGUUUGUAACAUGAGAUUCACCUCAAGCCACCAUGUCAAACGGCACAUGCUAACGCAUACCGGCGAAAAGCCCUUCAAAUGCAGUUAUUGCGAUCGUAGCUUCACGCAAAGCAACGACAUGGUGAAGCAUAUGAAAACACACGUUGGCAGCAAUCCGUACCAGUGUGAUCGGUGCGAUGCAUCUUUCCGGCUGCUCACCGACCUGAGGAACCACUACAAGGAGCAUUGUCAGGCGGGCAGCAGUAAGGAUGCGCUUUCCGGCGAAGAAGAUAAAUUUAUACGGUUUACCAGUACCAACAUUAUGAAAAUAAGGUACGAAAAGGAAAUGAACCAGCAGAACGACAAGAGCCCGGAUAGUAAAGAAGAAGCAAGAUUUAAUAAACGGACCAAAACACGGUCAUUCAGACAGACGAAGAACAGAUCCACGAUGGAAACUACGGAUCCGGAAGAUCAAGGCUUAACUAUACAGCUUACAUUCUGCCGUAUUUGUGCCGUCCUUAGCACGGAAGAGCAUUGCAUCUAUGAAACUGCCUACAAGGAGGGAACGCUGAGCAUGCACAUGAUGUUGGCACGAUUGGUUCCAUCCGUGUUCAAUGCGGAACAAGUGAAAGUGGACGAAUUUAUGAGCUUUCCGCGAAAAGUCUGUGGCGCUUGUAAAGGCAAGGUGCUGGAAGCGUAUGGCUUGUACGAGAUGAGCAUGAAGAGCGGUGAUUUGCUGAGAAAUUGUUUAAAGAAAAAUGCAACAUUCAUCGUCAACAUAACAGGUGGUGGUUCCAUGGAAACAUCGGAUGUGCUUGUAAGCUACCCGCCAAAAUCUGAGCAAGUUCCGGUCGAAAUUGUUGGAAGCAGUCAAUCUCAGAAAGCUGUCGUUGAAACUGCAUCCGAACCGAUUGUAUUAAAAGAUACCCGUGUCAUUAAACAACCUAAAGGUGAUGCUGGGGACGCCGCCACACGCGCUGUUGUCGUUGUGGAUCAGCUAACUGUAUCGGAAAACGAAGAUCACCAAUCAUGCUCCGGUGAAGAAUCCUUAAAAGAAAAAGACAAUACUUACGAUACGAAGACACCAAGGCGGCGUGUGGCUACGAAAAGGCAAACGAGAUCAAGCGCCAAAAGAAAAGUCACACCUCAGAAACAACAGGAACAGGUUUCGAAUGUUUCCGCCGCAGAAUUCGAAGAACCGAAAGAGAAGAUAACUAGGUUCCGGUGUUUGCUUUGCAGCGAACCAGCCUACGCGGCGUUGCGUGAACUUACGGAGCAUUUGAAAGCGAAGCAUGCCACAGAGAUUCACUGUUGCAAGCAGUGUCCGAAGGUGUUUAUGACGAAAGCGGCCUUCGAGCAUCAUCAGUACUGCCACGCCACCGGGCGAUCCCAUUUCUGUGCGUUUUGUGACAAGGGUUUCCAGACCGAUCAGCUGCUGAAGAAUCACGUAAAGACCCAUACGCACGGGACCGGCUUUCUGUGUUCGCAGUGUGGCAAGGAGUUUAGCGACCGAAGCAAUCUACGCCAGCACGAGUACCGCCACACUGGUCACAAACCGUGGCAGUGCAACUUAUGUCCGAGCCGGUUCAGCACGAAGGGUUAUCUAACGGUGCAUCUUCUUACCCAUACGAAAAGUAAAGCCUACAGCUGCGACACGUGUGGAUCACAGUUUAAUAGACAUUAUUCACUGGUUAAGCAUCAGGUCAUACACACAGGAGAGCGUCAUUACGAGUGCGAAGUUUGCAAAAUGAGAUUCGCUUCCGCGCACCACGUCAAAAUCCACAUGCGAACACACACGGGAGAAAAGCCGUACAAAUGCGGCUACUGUGAACGUGGCUUUGCACAGAAAAACGAUAUGCUGAAGCACACGAAAACCCAUGGCAAACCGUAUCCCUGCGAUCGUUGCGAUGCUACCUUUCCGGCGAUAGCGGACCUACGGAUUCAUUCGAAAGUGCACGAUCGAGCAAUCAAGUAUCAAGCUGUAGAGCAAUAGCUUUUCACGCCUGUGCCUGCAUGUGACCUGACAUCGAAAGCGUCAAUAAGGAAUUGAUAGGAAUCGACUUAAAAACUAGGACUAUGAUAGUAUUUUCAUCGUGGCGCGCAUCAUUAGAACGAAUUUAUUUUAUGUUUCAUUAUUCAAAGUAUUGUAAUAAAGCCCUAUUUAAUACCA